CCGGGCGUAUUGGAGUACAAGGAUUUCUUCGACGAUGACCUGGCCAUGUACAUAGUCAUGGAGUUUGUCGACGGAGACGACCUCAGCGGCUACAUGGCACACUUCUCGAGCAGUGGCAGGGGACUAUCUGAGAGUCUGUGUAUAGAAAUAUACAAACCUUUAUUAGACGCCAUCAGCUAUUUGCAUGACCGCGAUAUUGCCCAUAGAGAUAUCAAG